AUGGGCAUCUCGCGCGACUCCCGCCACAAGCACCGCAAGACUGGCGGUCGCAGAAACAUCCACCAGAAGAAGCGCAAGUACGAGAUGGGUCGGCCGUGGGCGCACUGCAAGCUGGGCUCCAAGCGCGUGCGCCCGGUGCGCGGCCGGGGGGGCAACAUGAAGUACCGCGCCCUCCGCCUGGACAGCGGCAAUUUCGCGUGGGGCACCGAAAACAGCACAAAGAAAGUGCGCGUCCUGGACGUCGUCUACAACGCCAGCAGCAAUGAGCUCGUGCGCACGAAGACCCUCGUGAAGAACGCCAUCGUGCAGAUUGAUGCGCAGCCUUUCAAGCAGUACUACCUCAAGAAGUACGGAGUUGAUCUCGGCAAGAAGGUCAAGGGUGUCGCUGUCAAGAAGGAGGGCGAGGAGGAGGUCAAGAGAAGCCACCACGUCAUGGCGAAGCAGAAGUACCUGGCAUCCAAGCAGAAGCUGGACCCUGGCGUCGAGGACCAGUUCCAGAGCGGCCGGCUGCUCGCGUGCAUCGCCUCCCGCCCCGGGCAGAGCGGCCGUUGCGACGGUUACGUCCUUGAGGGCGACGAGCUGACGUUCUACAAAAGGAAACUGGAGAAGAAGAAGAAGCAAUGCCUCAGCGCUCCAGCCCUGGCCAUAGCCAAUUCCAAUAUCAAGGAUUGGACGGAGGAGACCGCGAUGGCCGCCGAGCAGCUCGAACUCACCUCCGCGGACCCGCUGUCGAAGCAGUCCGUUCUCAAGUGCCUGGGCGCACCCGGCCUGCUUCCGGGCGCGCUCGUGGCCAGCCCGGGCCCUCGGCUGCUGGGGGCAUUCCUCAUGAUCGCCCAGGGCUUCUGGACACCAUCGAGCAUCGACUUGAUGAUGCGCAUGGAGGUGAUCCGCAUCGCGGACAUGCUCUCCGAGGUGGACCUCGUGCGGCUGCUCGCGGACUCCAUCCGGGUGGACUACCUCGCGGACGGCGACGGGGUGCGCGACAGCACGGCUGCCGUGAUCCAGGAGAUGAGCAUGAGCGUUGGCACAACCGCGGCCGUCGCCGCCUUGGCAGCCGCCGGAGCAGUUGCUAUUUUUCUCCUGGGUCGCCACUGGGCGCCUCCCAGACCCGAUGAUGAUGACGAGACCAUCGCAGUUCUGCCGCCCAGCCCACAGCCGCGAGCGCCCUCCGCUGUAGACUUGUCUGGUGCUCGGCUGAAGCGCCUCGCCUCCGCGGGCUUUACUACGCCGCUGGAGCGCCGCUCGGAGGACGGCGUCUGCAUCAUCAGCCUGGGAGGUGCGGGCGAGGCGGCCCAUGCUUGGGGCACGAAGGCGGCCGAGCAUCGCCUCUAUCCUGCGGCCGUGAUCGCGCUGGACGAAGCGCUCGACGCGGCGGAGAAGGACGAGGCAAUCCGGGCCGUGGUGGUAACCGCCGAGGGCAAGUUUUUUUGCAACGGGUUUGACCUCAAGUUCUUGCAGGAGCACCCAAGCCUGAUGGACGACGUGCAGCGCGCGACAGAGAUGCUGUGCGCUCGCAUCCUGCGAUUCCCCAAGCCCACCAUCGCGGCGGUGAAUGGCCAUGCAUGCGCAGCUGGCGCGAUGCUGAUGCUGUGUUUCGACGAGAUCGUCAUGAACAGCGAGCGCGGCUUCUGCUUCGUGCCAGGCAUCGACCUGGGCCUCACCUACUCGCCGGGCAUGUCAGCGCUCAUGUCUGCGCGGCUGCCCUUCGCGCUGCGCCACGGCUUCAUCGUCAUGGGCGAGCGGUUGACCGCGCUGCAGCUGGCCCAGCACGGCGCCGUCAGGCCCGCGCCUGCGGCGUGCGUGCUGUCGGACGCGGUGGCCCGAGCCGUCGCGCUCAAGUCGAAGGCGGCGCACGGCCACACGAUGAGCGCGAUCAAGAGCACGCUCUACCACGAGGCGCUCGCCGCCCUCGAGGUCGAGCCCGACGCCAUCGUGGUCGAUCCAACGUUCGUCCCGAUUGAGGACCGCACAGCCCACCCCCCGCUGCCGACCUCGUGA